AGAGUAGCAGCUACUCCAGAUGAGAUGACGCGGAGUGACUGAGGACAUGGGCUCUGUCCGCUGGGCUUUCCGAUGUGGUUCGUGGACUCCGAGCAGGUCCGAGUGGCUCCUCGCUGCUCGCUGCGUCCAGCCGGAAGAGAAAGAAAGAAUCGGACAGUUCGUUUUCGCCAAGGAUGCUAAGUCAGCCAUGGCUGGACGUUUGCUGCUCAGGAAGCUGGUGUGUGAGAGGAUGGGGAUCCCCUGGUCUGAGAUCAGAUUAGAGAGAUCUCCCCGAGGGAAACCCUUCCUGGCUGCUCCAGAUAAGGUCAGUUCAGAUUUGAAUCGGUCCUGGAGUUUCAAUCUCUCCCACCAAGGGGACUACGCUGUGCUCGCUGCAGAGCAGGGGGUGCAGGUUGGAGUGGAUGUGAUGAAGAUCACCAUGCCCGGUAGCAGCUCUGUGCCGGAGUUUUUCCGCAUCAUGACUCGUCAGUUUACAGCGUAUGAGUGGAGCAUCAUCCAAUCAGCCGGCUCGGAGUACCAGCAGCUCGCAGCGUUCUACCGCCACUGGACUUUGAAGGAGAGCUUCAUCAAGGCCAUUGGCACUGGUCUGGGCUUCAACCUGCAGAGGGUGGAGUUUCACCUUCCCUCUGAAGAGCUCACACAAGGCCGGGUGCUGCGCGGAACCAAGAUGCAUCUCGACGAGGAGCAAGAAGAGCAGUGGAUGUUUGAAGAGAGCCUACUGGAUGCUGACCAUCAUGUUGCUGUUGCACUUGGACCAGCAGAAAGAGCUGUCCUAGCUUGA